CCUGUUGCUCUGUGUAAUGAGAAAUGCCAACCAGGCUACAGAAGAAAAAAGAAAGAAGGGGAGCCAUUCUGCUGCUACAAUUGCAUUCCAUGUCCAGAUGGGAAGAUUUCAGACCAGAAGGACAUGGACAACUGUUUCCAGUGCCCAGAAGAUCAAUUUCCAAAAGAGAACAAAAGUCAAUGUAUUGCCAAGAGAUUACAUUUUCUCUCUUACCUGCAUCCUUUGGGGAUUACCUUAGCAUUUCUGGCUCUCUUUUUUGUUCUACUCACAAUUCUGAUACUAGGAGUUUUCAUCAAGAACCAGAACACUCCCAUUGUCAAAGCCAACAAUCGGGACCUCACCUAUUCUCUGCUCAUCUCCUUAUUGCUUUGUUUUCUCUGCUCCUUGCUAUUUAUUGGCCAGCCACAAAUAGUGUCUUGCUAUUUACGACAAAUUACUUUUGUUAUCAUCUUCACAGUGGCUGUUUCUUGUAUAUUAGCAAAAACAAUCACUGUGGUCCUAGCCUUUACGGCCACCAAGCCAGGAUCUAGGAUGAGGAAAUGGGUUGGGAGAAGAUUGGCCACUCUCAUCCUAUUUGGUUGCUCCUUCAUUCAGGCUAGUUUUUGUGCUGUAUGGCUAUGUACAGCUCCUCCUUUCCCAGAUUUUGAUAUGCAUUCCCUCCCUGGAGCAAUUCUAGUGCGAUGCAAUGAAGGAUCAGUUGGUAUGUUUUAUUGUGUCCUGGGCUACUUGGGAUUUUUGGCUAUUGUCAGCUUCACUGUGGCUUUCAUAGCCAGGAAGUUGCCAGAUAGUUUCAAUGAAGCCAAGUUCAUCACUUUCAGCAUGCUGGUGUUUUGCAGUGUGUGGCUGUCCUUCAUUCCUUCCUAUCAGGGCACUAAUGGAGAAUAUAUGGUGGCUGUGGAGAUCUUCUCUAUCUUGGCAUCUGGUGCUGGAUUAUUAAGCUGUAUCUUUUUCCCUAAGUGUUACAUCAUUAUCCUGAAGCCUGAACUGAAUGUCAAAGAACAGUUGAUAAAGAGAAACAUUUAA